CAGAAGACAGCAGGAGGACAAAUCUACAAACGGAACGACAACAGUGACUUUGAAACUUGAAAGUGAGGGACAACAGGAAAAUCAGCAGUAAAGAGGCUAAACGUAUUGUGAAAAGUAUUGUCAUACAAAACUUAAGUUAUAAAGUGUGAUGGCAUCGCAGGUCGUCAGCUCACCCUUCCUGAAGCCUUUCUUUCUGAAGACACCACUAAGCGUUGCCAGCCCUCAACGCCAGCGACGACACACAUUACCUGCCAGCGAGUUCCGUAAUCUCACGCCACAGGACGCCAUCAGCGUAUUUGAGAUAGAAAGAGAAGCUUUUGUCUCUGUUUCCGGAGAAUGUCCACUCACCCUUGACGAGGUACUCAGUUUCCUGGGCCAGUGUCCUGAACUUUCUCUUGGGUGGUUUGAAGAGGGCCAGCUGGUGGCCUUCAUCAUUGGAUCUGGCUGGGACAAAGAGAAACUUGAACAGGAGGCCUUGACUACACAUGUCCCUGACUCUCAAGCAGUACACAUCCACGUGUUGUCUGUGCAUCGCCACUGUCGGCAGCAGGGCAAGGGCUCCAUCCUGCUUUGGCGCUAUCUGCAGUACCUGCGCUGUCUGCCGGGCCUGCGCAGGGCCCUACUGGUCUGCGAGGAGUUCCUGGUGCCCUUCUACCAGAAAGCUGGCUUCAAGGAGAAGGGUCCCUCCGCCAUCACUGUGGGGACCUUAGCCUUUACAGAGAUGGAGUAUCAACUGGGAGGUCAAGCCUAUGCACGACGGAACAGCGGAUGUUAGAUGCUUUAGGUUAAGGCACAUCAGAUCUUGUUAAAGGACAUCACGCUUAGAUUCUGGACUGGAGGUCUACCCAUAGUUAAGGACUCAAAGCCCUACAACCAUCUGAGCAAGGAACCAGAGACUUAUCUAUGCACUCAUUUUAAGAGGUCAAAGCACUAAUGUUCAGGAAUGUUUUUUCUUGUGUACUGCCCAAGAUGCAUUUCAUGAUUGACUGGUUGAAAAACAGUAGUUAUUUUUAAUAUAUACCAUAAUCACCAAAAAGCUAUUUGUUAGGUGAACUUAAAAAUAUUCUUCAGGCACAAAUUCAACCAUUCAAAAGCAAUCAGGAUCUUAUAUCAUUCCUAUUAAAAUUGAUAUUUUGUCAAAUAUUUGUAUUUUUUUUUAUAACUGUAUAAACCCUUGGAUAGUAGUAGUCAGUGGACUGUUGAGUAAUCUCUAGAAUAAAAUCAUGUGACAAUGUGUUUUGUAAUGCAGUUUCUCUGUACAUCAUUUGAACUUUGUUUCAUGCAAUGUAAACUUCAGUUAGAAUAUCCAUAAACGUUCUACGUGGCAUUAAUCAUAUCAUAUGUAUCUAAUCAAUAAACAAUUAUUCAAUUACAAAUCAAUAGUCUUUCAAUGUGCAUUUUAAAUGCACAGCAGUGGGAUGGCUUCAUUUCUGUGGGGUUUUGGAUACAA